AGGAGCUAGCUCUUCGAUCAGUGUCCGGCUUUCCGCACGCCAUGGGUUUCGCGCAGGUGCUCCUCUGCCUCGCCGCCGCCGUGCUCGCUUCCGCGGCGGCCACUCAUCAGCACUCCCAGUGCCUUGACAACCCGCCGGACCUGUCGCUGCGUGGCGGCGAGGCUGGUGAGAUCGUCAACGACCUCCCGGGGGGCUUCAGAGCCUAUGUCACCGGCGCCGCCAGCUCCAGCCACGCCAUCAUCCUCGCCUCCGAUGUCUUCGGUUUCGAAGCGCCUCUGCUGAGAAAGAUAGCUGAUAAAGUUGGUGAGGCUGGGUACUUCGUCGUGGUGCCUGAUUUCUUCAAUGGAGAUUAUUUCGACACGAGUAAAAACCUUUCAGAAUGGCUGCCGCAUCACUCGCCGGUUAAAGCUGCCAAAGAUGCCCAGCCACUCUUUGCUUCCUUGAGAAAGGAAGGCAAAUCCGUUGGGGUUGGAGGUUAUUGCUGGGGUGGAAAAUUUGGCACAGAAGUGGGGAAAACAGAUUCUGUUAAAGCAGUUAGCAUGGCUCAUCCUGCCUUCAUGAUUGUUGAUGAUAUGAAAGAGGUGAAACGCCCAAUUGAGAUCCUUGGAGCUGAGCACGAUCAGAGCACACCAGCGAAACAAGUGUACCAGUUUGUGCGUGUAUUGCACCAAAGAAACGAUAUUCCGUACUUCGCCAAGAUCUUUCCAGGAACCGAGCAUGGAUUUGCUUGCCGAUAUAAUACUAGCGACCCGUUCGCCGUACGAACCGCUGAACAGGCUCUUGCUUACAUGCUCGACUGGUUCAACAGGUAUCUCAAGUGAAGACUGAAGGUUAUAUAUAUUGUUCAAACUUAAUAAAGAAGAAUAAUGUUUCUUGUCCAUUGAUGCGUUGUAAUAAACUUGGAGACUUUCCUGGCUGUUGGAAUUUUGAUUGUAUAAAUAGGAUGAUGCAUGCAUGCAUUAGGUGCUGGUGCUAAUCCAAUAAUCGGAGACACAACGUAACAAUAGUGAUUACUCUGCUUGGGUCACAACAAUAGUGACCCACAGGCCACAAGAAGUACUCUGCUGGGGUGAAGUAAACUAGUACCUACUUGUCAUGUGUCCACUUAUUAUUAUUUUUAUUUUUGUUAUUCUCAGCUCAUCCUCUUUAUAUUACCUAGAUGGGCCUUCUUUUGUAAAGUGGGCUUGGUUCCCAACAAAAACUUGUUCUGUCGUGGGCCCUAAACUCAGUUUGUUUGGGCCUGUGUAUUCUUGCUCUGUUGUAACGGGAGGUGUUCCUACAUUGUACCCUGACCCUCCGUCUCUUCUUAAUAAAAUGAAAAGCAACUCUCUUGCA